GGUAACCAUGUCCCUGUAUAAAAGCUCGCCUUGUUAGUGUCUCUCUUGACCUAAGCUCCUGGCAAGUCUCAUUCAUACCCGUAUCGAGCUUCAGCAAUGGCGGUCGGGAAAAACAAGAGGAUUUCGAAAGGAAAGAAGGGAGGGAAGAAAAAGGCAGUCGACCCCUUUGCGAAGAAAGACUGGUAUGAUAUUAAAGCGCCAUCAAUCUUCAAUGUUAGGACAGUAGGGAAAACCCUAGUCACAAGGACUCAGGGUACGAAGAUUGCUUCUGAGGGCCUUAAACACCGAGUGUUUGAAUGCUGCUUGGCUGACCUUCAGAAUGACGAAGAUCAGGCCUACAAAAAGAUCAGGCUUCGGGCCGAGGACAUCCAAGGAAGGAAUGUCCUCACCAAUUUCUGGGGCAUGGAUUUUACUACAGACAAGCUAAGGUCCCUAGUCCGCAAGUGGCAGACACUAAUUGAGGCACAUGUGGAUGUCAAGACAACCGACAACUACACCUUACGUAUGUUUUGUAUCGGUUUCACAAAGAGGCGGCCUAACCAGGUCAAGCGAACUUGCUAUGCACAAACUAGCCAAAUUAGGCAGAUUCGGCGCAAGAUGAGAGAGGUAAUGAUCAACCAGGCUACAUCCUGUGAUCUCAAGGAGCUAGUGCAAAAGUUUAUCCCUGAGGUCAUUGGGAAAGAGAUUGAAAAGGUGACAAUGAGUAUCUACCCUCUCCAGAACGUAUUCAUCCGUAAAGUGAAGAUUUUGAAGGCCCCGAAAUUUGAUCUUGGGAAGCUCAUGGAGGUCCAUGGUGAUUACUCGGAUGACGUGGGCGUGAAGGUGGAUAGACCAGCAGAGGAUGUGCCUUUGGAAGGGGUGACAGAAGUUGUUGGGGCCUAAGAUGCUGUUUACCAGAAACAAAAGUACUUAGAUAUAGAUUGGUAAUAUAGGUGACACAUAUUCAUUCCAUUGCGCUGUUUCAUCGACUUCCAGCGUUCAGCAGUUUUGGUUGUAGAAGCAUGUACUUGGUUAAUUAUGUUGUGUCAUUUCAACUUGUGGAUGAUUAAUUAUUAUUUUGGGAAUUUGUUUCUUCCAAACUACGUUGUGAUCCCUGGGAUGGGCUAUAUUUUGUGGGCUUGUGGACCGCUUAGACAUCAUAAUUUUUUUAGGUUCAUUGGAUUUA